AGCGCGCCCCGGCCGGGCGGCGGCUCAGCCUGGGCCGGAAAACUUUGCUGGCGGCCGCGGCGGGGGUGGUGAUGGUUCUGGUGCUGGUGGUGCUCAUCCCGGUGCUGGUGAGCUCCGCCGGUACCGACGGUCGGUACGAGAUGCUGGGCACCUGCCGGAUGGUCUGCGAGCCCUACGGCCCCGCCGCCCCCCCCCAGCAACCGGCCGAACGCGGCCCCCUCCCGCCGCCCUCCACCCUGGUGCAGGGUCCCCAAGGCAAACCGGGCAGACCGGGCAAACCGGGACCGCCGGGACCGCCCGGAGAACCGGGACCGCCGGGGCCGGUGGGGGCGCGGGGUGAAGCAGGAAGACCGGGACCCCCGGGAUUACCGGGACCGGGCGCUACGGGCGCGGUGAGCGCGGCCACCUACAGCACGGUGCCGCGGGUCGCCUUCUACGCCGGCCUCAAGAACCCCCACGAGGGCUACGAGGUGCUCAAGUUCGACGACGUGGUCACCAACCUGGGCAACAGCUACGACGCCGCCUCGGGCAAGUUCACCUGCGCCAUCCCCGGCACCUACUUCUUCACCUACCACGUCCUCAUGCGCGGCGGCGACGGCACCAGCAUGUGGGCCGACCUCUGCAAGAACGGGCAGGUCCGGGCCAGCGCCAUCGCUCAGGACGCCGACCAGAACUACGACUACGCCAGCAACAGCGUCAUCCUGCACCUGGACGCGGGCGACGAGGUCUUCAUCAAGCUGGACGGGGGCAAAGCCCACGGCGGCAACAACAACAAGUACAGCACCUUCUCCGGCUUCAUCAUCUACUCGGACUGAGCCCGGCGCCCCCCGCACCCCCCCGGCCUCCCCGCAGUGCCCCCCCAGCCCCACGGCGUCCCUGGGCCGUGGUUCUGUUCCCUGCUGCCCCCUCAGCUCUCCCCGGCACCCCCUGCCCGCCCCCGGAUCCCCCUCCCCUCUCUCCCGGCUGCCCCGAGCCCCCCUGUUCCCGUCAGGGCUGGGGGCUGCAGAGGUUUGGGGGUGGCAGAGGCUGGGGGUGCCCCCCGCGCUGCCCGCCAUGCCCGGCUGUGCCCCCCCUGUCCCGCCGCUGCUCUCUGCCCGCCCCGGGGCGCUGCCGGGGCUCUGGGGGGGUCCCUGGGCCGGGGGGGCUGUGCUGGGCCGGGGGAGCCGCCCUCCUGCCCCCCCCCGCCGG